AUGGGCGAUAUUGUACGACAUAUCAAUGGCACCACGGGCUGGGUUAGGGCGAUCACCUAUUUCCCCAACAGCAAGCUUUGUGCAACUGCCAACUCAGUUAACGGAAUCCAAGUCUGGGAUAUCGCCACUGGUGAGGUGAAACAGGAGCUGGGUGGACCUGCCUUAUCAGUAAGGAGGUUGAUGGUGUCGCCUGAUAGCAAGGUGAUUGCUCUGGUCACAAAGGACAAACUUGUUCGAAUCUGGAACCUAGUGACAGGACAGGAGAUGAAAAUAUUUAGUGGCAAGAAGCGAUGGACUGGCUCUCUGGAUAGCAUCGUCACACUCAUGACAUUCUCAAACACCAGUGAAACAGUCAUCGCAUCGGACGGGAAUUCAGUACUAAUUUAUGAUCUUGCAGAGGAUCAGAUGCGGUAUUUACACGAUUUCAUUUAUCCGGAUUUUAUAAUCAACAAAGACAAGGUUUACGUCUUCAGAAACUUCGUCAUUGCUGCAAUUUCCAUGUCCCCAGACGAGAAACUCAUUGCUCUUCUUUCAAGCGACUCGACAAUAUGGAUAUACCACGUCGUGACAGGGCGUGGACAGAAGUUGUCUCCCCGAACCGGCGCAGCGAGAACAAGUUUGCGUUUCACGUCUAACGGCAAUUCUUAG